GCGGAAGCGGAAGUGAGGAAUAGAGACACGUGGUGCGUUGUGAGCGAGAGAGGAGCGCGUGCUACAGCAGCGACAGACAUGAAGAGACCUAAGUUGAAGAAGGCGAGCAAACGCAUAUCAUGCGCCAAACGCUUCAAAAUACAAAAGAAGGUUCGGGAGCAUAACCGUAAAUUACGGAAAGUGGCAAAGAAGAAAGGGAUAAGCCGAAAACCAAAGAAAGAUAUUGGAGUACCGAACAGUGCUCCUUUUAAAGAGGAAGUGCUUCGAGAAGCUGAGCAGAGAAAACAGGAGCUUGAAACUCUGAAAGAGCAAAACAAGAUUGUAAAACAGCAAGAAAGAGCUGCAAAGAGGAAAAAAGAGAAGGAAGCAGAGAGUGCCGGAGACGGACCUGCAACCAAGAAAGCUAAAAAGGUGGUGAAAGCUAAAGAAGCAAAGGCUGCACUAAUUAAAGAGAAAAGCGCUAAGACAUUCAAAUGCUGUGAGCUGAACAAGGUGAUUGAGGAAUCUGACGUGAUAGUGGAGGUUUUGGAUGCCAGAGAUCCUCUGGGCUGCCGCUGUCCUCAGCUGGAGGAAACCGUCCUGAAACACGAGGGAAAGAAAAAACUCUUGUUCAUACUGAACAAAAUAGAUCUUGUUCCUAAAGAUAACGUAGAGAAAUGGCUCCGGUAUCUUGAAGCUGAGUGUCCUACUUUUCUCUUCAAAGCAUCAAUGCAGAUACAGGACAGAACUGUGCAACAGAGGAAGCAGAGAGGAAUCAAUGCAGUUCUGGAUCACAGCAGAGCAGCUUCAUGUUUUGGAAGAGACUGUCUCCUACAGACGCUUACUGACUUGGCUAACAAGAAGGAUGCAGAGACCAUGCUUAAAGUUGGUGUUGUUGGUUUCCCUAAUGUCGGAAAGAGCAGCAUCAUCAAUAGUCUGAAGGAAGUCCGAGUGUGUCAUGUUGGUGUACAGAGAGGAAUGACCAGAUGUAAGCAGGAAGUGCAUAUUACUAAGAGGCUGAAGAUGAUUGACAGUCCAGGGAUUGUGGCGGCCUCCAGUAACCCAGGAGAUGUGAUGGCCCUCAGGAGCCUGCGGGUGGAGGAGAAGGAGGAGAGUCCACUGGAAGCGGUCAGGACUCUGCUGAAACAGUGCAAUCAGCAGCAUAUAAUGUUACAGUAUAAUGUCCCAGACUACAGAAACUCCUUAGAGUUCUUGACUACCUUUGCCAAGAAACGAGGCUUCCUGCAGAAAGGAGGCGUUCCAAACACAGAGCUGGCAGCCAUGACAUUCCUCAGCGACUGGACUGGGCCAAAACUGAGUUACCACAGCAGAGCUCCGGAGCACCAGGGCCUCCCCUCAUACCUCACUCAUGCCAUCGUGACUGAACUGAGGUCAGGUUUGGAUAUGGAUGUAGUGAGGAAGGGCAACGAAAAUGUUAAGAAAGGUGUGCGAUUUCCCAACCUAGCGAGCAGUAUAAGUUUUAACGCAAGGGGCCCAACCGCUGGUGUGCUGAAUGUCAGUGAGCUACCUAAAGAAACCAUAACAAUCACAGCACCAACAGAAGCAGAUGAGAAGAUGGAUGGGACCAUCAACACAGAGGAGCCUGAGGCUGAAACUCAAGUUUCAACAGUGGUGACACAGAUUCAAGAAUCAACAAAAAAGAGAAAAGCCAAACCAACUAAAAAAGUGAAGUAUGUCCCUGUCAACAUUGACCUGACUUCAGUGCAGCAUAACAAUGACGACGCAUAUGACUUCAACACCGAUUUUGUGUAAAAUUUCACCAGUAUGUACAGAUUUAUACAGGGAGGAAUCUGAGAGGAAUCAAAUUGUGAAACUGCACUCAGUUGGAGUGCAUACUGAGUGAUCUCUAUGUCUGUAUGUAUUAAUACAUCAUAAAAUAUGUAUUAUUUAGUUGACGAAAUAAAAGUUGAAUACGCUUACAUUGCAUACAAAACUUAUACUGAGCUUUAUUCAAUACUUUGGAACACUUUUUUCCUUUAUGUACAAAUUGGCAUAUUUUACCCUUCGGGUUGAGGACAAUGCUGAGUAACAGCUGAUAUGUGGAGAAAAAAACAAAACAUGCAUCCAUAGAAAUGUAACAAGUGAACACAACACAAGGGGAAAGUGGUUCCUGUAGUGUCAAAAACAGAAAUUCUGAAAUUUUAAUUUUCACAGGUUUUUGUCUCAAGCCCUAAAGCAGUCUAAAAUACUUUAUAAUUAAAUGUACAUUUCAAAAAUAAGAAGAACAAAAAGAGUGGGUCCAUAAUUUCACCCAACAGUAUUUGGGAUCAUACCGCUUGUUAAAAUCAAUCUAGACACUUGUAUGGAUG